CUGAUGCUGCGCAGUGGCGAGCGGGGCGCGAGCUCUCGCCUCCCUUCCCACUGCCGUUCGUUCGGGGGACACAGUCACUAGUGUGCGCGCGGUGGGACCUGGUCCGGUGUCGCGCGCGGGCUGGUCCGCUUUCGUGCCCGGGCUGUGCUGCUUUCUAAAAUGAAUCCUCCCGUCGCUCGCACCGCUUGGCUCGUGCCGCGGCUCGUGGCUCUGUCUGUGUGUCUCCGUCUCUUCUUCUUGCUGGUGAUCUACAACAUCUUUGUGCCGCGUUAACUUGACCUCAGCUGCAGCUGCAGCUCUGUUCCUCUUCGGAGACAGCUGAGGGCGGUAGAGAGAGCGACUUCGCGUCCCUGCCGCUCCCCCCGCCUUUCUUGGCAAGCUGGGACAAUCAUUUCAAGGGUUGAAUGUUUAGCGCCAGGAAUAUCUCUGUGCCGGGGAAUACACGAUGAUCGCUGCGUUUCGGGGUCCCGGCGCCAGUAGGGUGUGCGAUCGCAUCCCCUUCGCCAAGUUGUAACCCCUUUCACAUGGAGCUCCGCGCGACCACAUCCGCAGCCGCUCUCAGCACGCAGAGGCGAAACAGGGACUCCUCGCUCACUGCCUGUUUCUAAGACGUUGCCAGAAGUUGCAGAAGCAGGCAGGGGGAUCCCGACUGGAACGGUCAAUGGAAGGAAAGCGCGCAGCUUGGCUGAGGAGGAGCUGCUGUAAAAAAGCACAGGAAAGAAUGAAGUAAGACGAGCAAUGGAGGCGCGCAAUGCCCCGCACUCCAAACUCAAAGCAGCUGGAGUCGGGGGGAGAGCCUUAAUUCUCUGUACUGUUCUAUAUUGUACUUGUUACCUGGGGCUUGCACAAGUACACUCUGAAGAUGUGGAUGUCCUCCAAAGGUUGGGCCUUGCAGGAAAGAAGGCAGUGGCUCCAUCCCCAGGCUCUCGCUCAGUCCCGCCGGGGGUCAUCCCGUUCAAGUCAGGAGUCAUUCUCACUCAGCGGGCACGUAUUGAGGCACGGGUGGAUGCUGUGGUACCACCUGCCUUUGGCACAGACCUUGCCUUGGUCCUGAGCCUGUGCUCCCAUCGCAUCAACAGUGCCUUCCUCUUUGCCAUUGUGUCCAAGAAGAAGAAGCUGCAGCUGGGGGUGCAGUUUGUCCCUGGGAAGAUUGUGGUCUACGUGGGGCAGAAAAAGUCUGUAUAUUUUGAUUAUGACAUUCAUGAUGGCCAGUGGCACAACCUGGCUAUGGACAUCCGAGGCCAAAAGGUCACUUUAUUUACUUCUUGUGGGAAGCAACGUGUACAUGCAGAUAUGCAUUUUAAAAAAGAAGAGACUCUGGACACCGAGGGCUCCUUCCUCUUGGGCAAAAUGAACCAAAAUUCAGUCCAAUUUGAAGGUGCUAUCUGUCAGUUCGACAUUUACCCCUCUGCUAAGGCAGCUCACAAUUAUUGUAAGUACAUUAAGAAACAGUGCAGAGAGGCAGAUACCUACCGGCCCAAUCUGCCACCACUCAUUCCUCUGUUGCCUAGAGAUCCAAAUGUUACUGUCACCUUCAACAACCCUCUUUUGUUGACUGAAGUUACCAAAAAGGUCUUCACCCCAAGCCUGUCUCUGAAUGUUGCUGGAACCAGUGUAAGGUAUGUGGUCCCAACAACUAGAUUGCCUACAUUAAGCUCCAUUUCAUACCGUGGCAAGAAGAAAGCCCAACCCAGUGUGACGACCCCAUCCCCCCGCACCACAGCAGCCCCUAGUGUUGUUCACCCUGGACUACAACACCCGAUAUAUGCCCGAACACAGACUGUUACCGUUCCCCUCAGGACAAGUGCCACUUUCUCCAAAACUUCUGCUCAAAAACAUCUUAAGCCAACCCCCAGCAACGGGUCCCCAAAAACCACGUCUGGAAAAGAUGCCAAAAGUAAACUUAAAAGCUCAACUGUGACCACUGCUGCUGUCACAAAGAGACAGCCGCUCACACCAGCCAAAAAGAAAGCUGAGCCAAAAGGAACCACCCUGCGUUAUACCAAACACACCUCCUUCAUGCCAGUCACACCAGCAGCCACUGACAGCUACCAAACCUAUGACUUGGAACCAACGCAAUACUCCCUCUUAGUUGGACCCCCAGGACUGAAAGGAGAGCCAGGACCAAUGGGACCGUCAGGACCACCUGGAAAGCCAGGCGUACCAGGCAAGAGGGGUCCACGGGGUCCUCCCGGUCCACAUGGAAAUCCAGGCCCCCCAGGUCCACCUGGCCUUAAGGGAAGGAAAGGUGACCCUGGACUCUCACCUGGCAGUGCACCCAGUGGAGAAAAAGGAGACCCUGGAAUUUUGGGCCCUUCUGGAUUAAGUGGCCAACCUGGUCGAAAGGGACAAAAGGGCCAUCCUGGUCCACCAGGUCAUCCAGGAGAACCGGGGGUUCGAGGGCCGGACGGAAGCCCGGGUGCCAAAGGUUAUCCUGGCAGGCAGGGUUUACCUGGACCCAUAGGAAAUGUGGGGCCAAAAGGCUCGAGGGGUUUCAUAGGAAUCCCAGGGCUUUUCGGCCUUCCUGGGCCUGACGGCGAAAGAGGCGCACCUGGAGUUCCAGGGAAGAGGGGCAAGAUGGGUAGGCCGGGGUUCCCAGGGGAUUUCGGUGAGAGAGGACCACCAGGGGCUGAUGGGGAGCCAGGAGAGUUGGGUGCCCCUGGUCCUAAUGGAGUUCCUGGACUCAUUGGGGACAUAGGUCCAACAGGAGAGAUGGGGGCCCCAGGACCUCGCGGACUCAAGGGGGUACCCGGAAAUCCAGGUGAACCAGGACUGAAAGGUGAUAAGGGUGAAAUUGGCCUUCCAGGGGAGCAAGGAGAAAUCGGAUUCCCAGGUGACAAGGGAGUACAGGGUCUGCCAGGAAUGCCAGGUGUCCGUGGGAAGGCUGGUCCACAGGGGAAACCAGGAGAUAAAGGCCCAGAUGGUUUAGCAGGUCCACCAGGUCCAGAAGGUUUUCCAGGAGACAUCGGACCACCAGGACAAAACGGCCCUGAAGGUCCAAAGGGAAAACCAGGAGCACGGGGUUUACCAGGUCCAAGAGGAGCACCUGGGCAGGAGGGAGAUGAAGGCCCCCCUGGACCAUCGGGUGCCCCAGGACUGGAGGGUAGGCCUGGGAGAAAAGGUUUUCCUGGGAAAAUUGGCCCCGAUGGAUUGAAGGGAGAGCCAGGAAUACCUGGAAAGGUUGGAAUGAUGGGAGAAAGGGGUCAUGUUGGUUUCAUUGGACCUGUUGGAGAGACUGGGAUUGCUGGAGAGAAGGGGGACCGUGGAGAGAUGGGCCUUCCUGGGCCACCUGGAGAAAAGGGAGCGAUGGGGCACCCAGGAACUCCAGGUGAAAGCGGACCCCCAGGGCCACCAGGAAAAACAGGGCCACCUGGUUCUCGAGGGCCAAUUGGCACGAGAGGUCCAAAAGGCAGACGGGGUGAAAGAGGGCCUGAUGGUCCACCAGGCGAGCCAGGGUCACCAGGUGAAAAGGGUCCUGAUGGUCCACCAGGAAAAAUUGGAUUUCCAGGUGAUCAGGGGAAAAUCGGGGAACCAGGUGAAGCUGGACCUCAAGGAUUCCCAGGCAUCCCUGGAUCAUCCGGAUCUCCAGGGGAGAAAGGAAUCGCAGGAGAACCGGGACCCCCAGGGCCUCCAGGGACAAUGGGCCCGCUGGGAGAGAUUGGUGAGAAGGGUCCACCAGGUAAAAUAGGGGAGCCUGGUUUGCCAGGGGAGCCAGGUGAAAAGGGUGCCCUCGGGCCACCGGGGAACAUCGGAGAGCAAGGCUUGAUUGGACAAAGGGGAGAACCUGGCCUUGAAGGAGAAGCUGGACCUGUUGGACCUGAUGGAGCAAAGGGUGAGAAGGGCGACAUGGGACCAGAAGGUGACAAAGGGGAGAAAGGCGAAAUCGGCUUGAAAGGAAAGGAAGGACCACCUGGGGACCCUGGUCUCACCGGUGUCAGGGGCCCAGAAGGUAAACCUGGGAGAAUUGGUGAAAGAGGCCUGCCGGGAAGAAAGGGUGCCAAAGGUCAUCAAGGUCACCUUGGAGAGACCGGGUCAAUUGGUGAACAAGGACCUGCAGGUUUUGUGGGGCCAAAAGGAUCUAGAGGAACCAUCGGACCUGCGGGUGCCCCUGGACGCAUGGGCCAACAGGGGGAACCUGGCAUAUCAGGUUAUGAGGGCCACCAAGGACCACAAGGGCCAAUGGGGUCUCCUGGACCAAAAGGUGAAAAGGGGGAACAAGGAGAUGAUGGGAAAGUUGAAGGUCCCCCUGGUCCCCCAGGUGAUAGAGGUCCUGUGGGAGGCCGAGGAGAACGGGGGGAGUCUGGGGACCCCGGGUACCAAGGUCAGCAAGGUGUGGAUGGAGAAAGAGGAAAGCCUGGAGCCCCUGGUAUGCCUGGAGAUCCUGGACAUCCAGGGAAGCAAGGACCUAAAGGAUCCAAGGGCAGUGAAGGUCAGAAAGGCAAGCCAGGCCCUCGAGGGGCAUCCGGAAGCAGAGGACCACCGGGUCCUAUUGGUCCUCCUGGCCCAAGAGGGGUAGCAGGCCGAGAGGGACUAGAAGGCAACCCAGGGGUGGAUGGGAUCCCAGGCAAGGAUGGGUCCAAAGGCAUGCCGGGAGAGCAGGGAGAUGAUGGAGAAAUUGGCCAGCCUGGCAACUUCGGAGCCCGGGGAAAAGUUGGUGUGCCAGGUUUGCCAGGUGAUCAAGGUACCUUUGGACCAAAGGGUGAGAGGGGCCUUCCUGGCCAGGCGGGACCUCCAGGGAAGCGGGGGUCUGUCGGAGGGAUGGGACUGCCAGGGAAACAGGGUGACAAGGGGGCAAAAGGCCAGCCUGGUGACACAGGAGAACGAGGGUUUCCGGGGAUUCCUGGGGAGUUUGGACCAAAGGGCCCUCCAGGAGACAUUGGAGCAGUAGGAAUACAGGGGCCCCGGGGUCCACAAGGCUUGAUGGGAAAGCAAGGCAUAAUGGGUCCAAGUGGAAUAAUUGGCCCCAGUGGUAAUCCAGGACCCAAGGGAGACAAGGGCAGUCGAGGGGAGAUGGGUGUACAAGGACCAAGGGGACCUCCUGGACCUCGUGGUCCUCCUGGACCCCCAGGACCCCCAGGAAUUCCUCUGUCAUUUAAACACGACCAUCUUGAGGCUGCUUUUCAAGUGUUUAUUGACUCAAACACUGCACUCAGGAAAGAGAGCCACCAGGGAAUAGACCUCCCCAUGCUGGACCAGGGAACAGAGAUCUUUAAGACCCUCCACUACCUCAGUAACCUGGUGCAGAGCCUCAAAAACCCACUGGGCACCCGCGACAACCCUGCCCGCAUCUGCCGAGACCUUAAGGACUGUGAGCAAAGACUGAGUGACGGUACAUAUUGGAUUGAUCCAAAUCUGGGGUGUGCCUCAGACACCAUAGAGGUGACCUGUAAUUUUACUGGCGGAGGACAGACCUGCCUUAGGCCACUAACAGUCUCAAAGUUGGAAAUUGGCAUCGGCCGCGUCCAAAUGAACUUUGUGCACCUGCUGAGUUCGGAGGCAGUCCAGCACAUCAUCAUCCACUGCUUGAAUGUGCCAGUGUGGAAGUCCAAUGCUUCUGAGCCGGCUUCCCAGAAGUCUGUACUCUUCAAAGCUUGGAAUGGCCAAGUUAUUGAGGCAGGAGGGGCUGUGGAGCCUAAAGUGUUACAGGAUGAUUGUUGGCUCAAAGAUGGACGCUGGCAUCAGACGCAUUUUGUGUUCCGUACCCAGGAACCCAGCCUGCUCCCCAUUGUAAAUGUGUACAAUUUGCCCAAUACCAAAACCGGGUCACGUUACCACCUAGAGGUGGGACCUGCCUGCUUCCUCUAAGUUAGGCAUCUCUGCGUGUGAACAAAUAGCUCCUUCCCACAGUGAACAAGGGGAGAUUCAUUUCCAUUUUCAGCAUUCAGGAGAAUAAAAAAAAAACCCUGUCCCUUGGUUUUCGUUGUUUUCUGGGACUGCUUUGAAAGGAUAUGGUUGCCAAGAAGACUGGGGCAUUCUUAUAAAUGAAGAGAAACUGGGAUUUCUCGCACAAUUGACAUUAUGGAAAAUACAUUCUUUGUGCUUUUCAGGAACUUUUCCUUUUGUUCUUGCAAGUCCUGGAUAUUCUGGAUAGUUUGGAUGAAAUUAUGCCAAAAAAAAUAUUUUAUGGACAAUAUAUUAACUUAUUCAUAUCAUGUAAUUUUAGUACCAAGGUUCUA